AUGGACGAUUUUGAAAAAGAGUUCCCGGAUUUUGACUGGAAGAACACGCCUGCGUACAAGCAUCCAUAUGGAAAGGACUGCCCCUGUCCCAAGCACGAGUACAUCCGUGAGCAGAUCAAGUUUACAAAGCAGGUAAACGAGAAGGGAAAGGAACCGGCAAGGAUUACCCUCAGGUUCUGUCCGGAUCACUACCGCGUCUACAUGGACGAGGUGAUCCCAUCCAUGCCGUUCAAGUACAAGAUGCUUACCAAAAUCGCGUUAAAGCUGGGAGCAAUCAAGGUGCACAUACUGAACCACAUGCAGUCGGAUCUGUGCUUUUACUGCAAGUUUGGCUCCGGAGGCCAUGACAGGAAGAACGAGCUGCCACCCAUGUCGUAG